UUUGCCCACGAGUUUCCGGCUUAUAGCGUGGUCUGAGCGGGGUGCGCAUGCCAUAGCGAAAAGUGCUUAGGCGCACCGGAAGUCGCCUGAGGGGAGCGAUGGCGGGUUUGACUGUGAGGGACCCUGCGGUGGAUCGUUCUCUUCGUUCUGUUUUUGUGGGAAACAUUCCUUAUGAAGCUACAGAGGAACAAUUGAAGGACAUCUUUUCUGAGGUUGGACCUGUUGUUAGUUUCAGAUUGGUGUAUGAUAGAGAGACUGGAAAACCAAAAGGCUAUGGCUUUUGUGAAUACCAAGAUCAAGAGACAGCACUUAGUGCCAUGCGGAACCUGAAUGGACGUGAAUUUAGUGGGAGAGCACUUCGAGUGGACAAUGCUGCUAGUGAGAAGAACAAAGAAGAACUGAAGAGCCUUGGCACUGGUGCCCCUGUCAUUGAGUCACCAUAUGGAGAGACCAUCAAUCCUGAGGAUGCUCCCGAGUCUAUUAGUAAAGCAGUUGCCAGUCUUCCACCAGAGCAGAUGUUUGAGCUGAUGAAACAAAUGAAGCUUUGUGUCCAGAAUAGUCCCCAGGAAGCACGGAACAUGUUGCUUCAAAACCCACAGUUGGCUUAUGCUUUGCUGCAAGCACAGGUAGUGAUGAGAAUUGUGGAUCCAGAGAUUGCCCUGAAAAUUCUUCAUCGCCAGACAAAUAUCCCAACACUGAUUACAGGCAACCCUCAGCAACUCCAUGGUGCCGGGCCUGGCUCAGGAGCCAACAUGCCAAUGAACCAGCAAAAUCCUCAGGCCCCACAGGCCCCGACUUUGGGUGGAAUGCAUGUCAAUGUCAAUGGCGCACCUCCUCUGAUGCAAGCUUCUAUGCAGGGUGGAGUCCCAACACCAGUGCAAAUACCACCUACUGUAACAGGACCUGGCCCAGUUUCCUUAGCUCCUGCAGGUGUAAUGCAGAGCCAGGUUGGAAUGCCAGGAAGUGGACCGGUGCCUAUGGAUCGGGGACAAGGAACCCUACAGCACUCGCCCGUGGGACCCGCCGGGCCUGCAUCAAUUGAGCGAGUUCCAGGGCAGAGAACAUGGAUGAUAUGGGCAUCUGUCCGAGGCUGUACUCCCUCCCUACUGGUGUCAGGAGGCUUGGAUGGAAUAGCAGUCUUGCCGAUGCAAGACCCCAGAGCAGCUAUGCAGCGGGGAUCCUUGCCUGCCAAUGUCCCAACUCCUCGAGGUCUGUUAGGAGAUGCUCCAAAUGACCCACGUGGAGGCACUUUACUUUCUGUAACUGGCGAGGUAGAGCCUCGAGGUUACCUGGGACCACCUCAUCAGGGUCCACCCAUGCACCAUGUUCCUGGCCAUGAAGGCCGUGGACCACCCCCACAUGACAUGAGGGGAGGUCCAUUACCUGAACCUAGACCUCUAAUGGCAGAGCCAAGAGGACCCAUGCUUGAUCAGAGGGGUCCACCUUUAGAUGGCAGAGGAGGAAGAGAUCCCCGAGGAAUAGAUGCACGAGGGUUAGAGGCCCGAGCUAUGGAAGCAAGAGGACUGGAUGCCAGAGGAUUGGAAGCCCGUGCCAUGGAAGCUCGUGCCAUGGAAGCCCGUGCCAUGGAAGCCCGUGCCAUGGAAGCCCGUGUCAUGGAAGUCAGAGGCAUGGAUACAAGGGGCCCAGUUCCUGGCCCUAGAGGACCUAUGCCUAGUGGAAUGCAGGGUCCUAGUCCAAUUAACAUGGGCGCAGUUGUUCCCCAGGGCGCUAGACCGGUCCCAGUCAUGCAGGCAGCAGCUAUGCAAGGAGCAGCCAUGCAAGGAGCAGCUAUGCAAGGAGCAGCUAUGCAGGGUGGAAGCCAACCUGGUGGUUUUAGUCCUGGACAGAGCCAAGUUACACCACAGGAUCAUGAGAAGGCUGCUUUAAUCAUGCAGGUUCUUCAGCUGACUGCAGACCAAAUUGCCAUGCUGCCUCCUGAACAAAGGCAGAGUAUUCUAAUCUUAAAAGAACAAAUCCAGAAAUCCACUGGAGCACCUUGAAAGAAUUUCAAAUAUGCCUGGUGACACAUCUGGAAAUUCCGUAACUUCAUUGAAAUGUUGAUAAAAAUGUUACUUCUGCAUCCUUACCCCUGAAUGACCCAAGUUGGUGCCAGGUGGAGGACUCCCAGAACAAAACAAAUUUUUUUGUCUUAGUUUGUAUAUUUUCUGUUACAUUAAAUAAACUUUGAACACAAUUUUAGUACACUGCAAAUUAAUAUACAUGACCAUUUUACUUUUACAAUGCUAAAACACCAAGGGCGGAACUUAGAUAUGGUUUCUACCCUUACCAUUAUACUAUCUUGCCAUAAUUCUGUUUUUACUGUAGGACAUUAAUCAUUUAUUUUGAUGAUAUUUGAGAAUUUCUCAGAAGCAGUGUUUUCUGGAACUUAGUUUUUGUUGAAUUUUCUUCCAGCCAGAUAAUAAGGCUUUGCCCUUUAAAAACUGUAGAUUUUCUGAAUCUUCUGGGAGAAGUAGCAUAUGCUCAGAGCUAUUAAAUGGUUCGAAGGCGAGCAAAGCAAAGAGUAUACCACAGCAGUGUGUGUUUGGUUUAGAAAAAUCCAAUUAUUGAAAUACACUCAUCUGUAGUAGGUCUGAACAUUUGAGAGUUCAAAGAUUGUGUUGGUACUGGUUUCAGUGUGUAUCAACAACACAAAAGACUGUUGACAUUUACUUGUCUGUUAUAAAGCUCUUCAAUGUAGUUAAGAAAAGUCACUGGUUUUUCAUAUGUUCAAAGUAAAUUAAAAACUAAAAGAAAUGAAUGAAAUUUAUUUCAUUCUAUCUUCCAGGAAAUCACUAACUUUGCAGUCCUCUGGACUCAAACUUAUUCUGAGAACUUGAAACAGAAAUACUAAAACUUUUACAUUCUUAGCUCUUUUAAAGGGGACCAAAUGUAGAGCACAAGCAGUCAGAUUGCUCAUUAAGUCUACCUGCUUUCUUGCAAAUAGGUAUGGACAUUAGCUAGUGCUAAUGAGCUCUAACUUACAGAUCUCCUUGCCUUGUAUUCUCUCUUCUCAUAGUGGCAGUAAGGAAGAACAUUGUUUCUCUCCAUCAGGCCAGCCUCAAGAGUUGCCUUAAUAACUAGUAAAGUUCUACUUAAAACCUCUUUUGAGCCUGCUUGUAGUCUCAGAAUCCUACUCUGGUUGAGUAUUAUGGUCAAGUGAAUUAAAGCCCUGGCAUAGGCAAAUAGAAUGUGAUAGCAUAUUGCUUACAUUCCAGAUGAAAGAAUGCAAAGAUAAUCAACUUCAGGAAAGACAGUAAAAGGGAAGGAUUCUUCAACUGCAGUAUAUAAACGUUUAACACAAAAUGGGCUGGAUUGUUCCUACAACUUAACGAGAACUCCAAACAGCUGAGGAACUUUAUGAGUAUCCUAUUCAACCCCCAUUCAGCUUGGAUGUUAAUUAUGCAUAGGGUUUAUUGUUUCAUUACCUUUUCUGCCUCUGUGAAUGUGUUGGUUUUAAAACUGUCAUAUUUUAAAGUAUCAAAAUAUUUAGAACUUGAGACCAAGAGUGAAGCAUUUUCUGUCAGGAACUCCAGUUUCAAGUAACUCAGAUCUCAAAUCAAGGAUACUAAAGAUUGAAAUUACUGGUGAGCAGUUAAUUGACUAAUAGGAACUGUAUCAUUAAGGUUUCAUUGUACUUUUUUCCAAAGCCUUUUUAAAUUUAGAUAUCUGAAGCCCAGAUGAACAAUGGCAGCAGCAGUGGCAUCCUACUUUAUCCCUAUGGAAACAGUCAUCAGUAGUUUUUACUGAUGUGAUAACAUUUACUGCGAGUUCAUGAACUGCCUUUAUGUUAUUCAUACUAGUGACCAAAAAAAAGUCAUAACUAAUUCUUCAAGUCAUACAGGCUUCAAAUAAUUAAAAUCAAUCAUUUGUUCUUGGUCAUUUAUGUGUGGAAAAUAGGUGCUCUCAUGCUGAUUCAGUCGACACAUUUAUAAAUCUAUAGUGAGUUCAGUUGUCUUAGAACACAGUUGAAGUGUGCAAUUUUCUCCUUGAGAGCCUGGGGCUUCUUCCCCACUACGGAUUCACUGUGACUACUGGCAUCUUAGAGCCAGUGUGGUUAUUGGUAGAUGGGAGAAGUCAUUUUAUGGGAAAAUGUCAUUUUGCAUGUCAUUAGAUACAUGAUUUCUUAGUGAAUAGGUAGGAGCCAAAGGUCUACAGCAAAAUUACAAAUUCUGUAUUAAUUUUAACCACAGGUGGCGAUAAAGAGCUUCUGUCAACUAAAUUCAGUCAUCCCAUGGUGGAGAACAAGUUUUCCCGUUUUAUUUCCAACAGAAUUAAGAUGAUAGUAUAGCUGACUUUGAAUUAUAUUGCAAUGAGUAUGCUUUUAAGAUUAUCUUUCUCAAUUGGAAAGUCUAGAAAAAGUGACUCAAUAGCAGAGAAAGAAAAUCCUUUGUUUUCUGAGGAGCAAAAAUUGGCAAAGCUGUUCACACUGGAUGAGACUGUGUUUAUUAAUGUACCUAGUUGGUGUUAUAUGGGGAUGGGGUUCUUGGUAAUUUUAUAUUCAUUGUUUAUUAUUUAUGGUUAUGUUUUGUCAUUGAUUCAAUAAAUUUUAUUUA